AUGGACACAGGAGGCUACUCAGAUAGUGAAGACGAAAAACAGCGAGUUCCUGUCAAAAAGGUACUGUGUACUUUUUUUUUGACUAGUUAAAAGUUAAAAGUUUAGAAAUACCGAAAAAAAAUUGUGGACUUUUUGUCUGUUUCGAUUCAACAAACAAACAGAUCUAAAGAUGUUGAGCUCAAACUGUUUUGAUCAAUUCGAAAAAGCUUUUGCGAUCUUCUCAAGAAAAGUUUUUUUUUCCCCUGAAACCAUUUUUUCGGGACAAAACUUAUCGGCUAAGAGUUACAGUCGUUCUCAGCCGACGGACCUUGGACUUAUGACGAACAGGAAGAAUCCAGCGAAGAAGACAGGUUGGAGCUCUUCUUUUUGAAACUUUUUUUCGAAGAAGUUGGUUUGAUAAAGAAAGAAAUUUCAGGUUAAGAUGAUCUGUAUUUUGUUUUUUUAAUGAGGAGAUUCAAAAAUUAUUUUUCAGUGACGCAGAAUUCCUCGUACAUCCGUGUCUUCGGAGCCUCAUAAAGUCCAAGUCCGCGUACUCAGUUCCGCGCGAGAAGAUCGAGUCUAACAUGAAGCCGAGUAAAACUACGUUUGAGGUAUCUAUUUUGAAGUUUGCGAUGCACCGCCCUCUCUAUCUAUGAAGAUAAAGUUCAUAAAGUUUUUAUGAAUUUUUCAUUUCAUAAAAAAGAACAUUUAAUUUUACUUCUUUCAAAAUUUAAGUCUUUAUUCAAAGUCGGGAUACAUUCGCUUCAAACCCCGUUUUUCACUGCCCAUAUACCUAUAAGAUUAGAGGAAAUUUAGGACUUACAGGCCAUUCAGAAUCGUUAAAAUUUUAAUUUUCUUAAUUAAGUCACUUGAAAUUGAAUAUCUUGAAUCUAGGAGGCGAGUUCUCAGAAAAUCCUCCUCUGACGAUCCAUCUCAGAUAAACCUGUCGCGGAUGCUCAACUCGACGACGAAGAGCAUCGUGAUGGAUUCAGAAACUUCGAUGGCCGACUUCAUUCCGUGCCUUGACACGAAAUGGCCAGAGCCAGACGACUCUGAAGAAGAAAAGGAGCAGAAAAGGCGUAAGAAGCGCGGAAAGAAGAUGGAGCGCUACUCAGCCAGCGAGUCCGAACCCGAGCUCGGAGGCCUCGACGACUUCCUUCCGACGAAGCCUCGAAAGCGCUGCUCAGGCUGUUGGUCUUCGCCACCGGAAGUCCUGCAGGACCGCAGUUUUUCCACGUCUCCGCAGCUUCAAGGUCGGUUUUACUUGCUUCUCAGCUAUCAGGGAAAGAUUUGAAGGACGGGAAGAAUGCUGGUCGGCUCCGGAACUUGUGGACGACGAGCCGCCGUCGCCGGAGGAAGAGUUCGGCUGCAAGGAUGUGCCAACGACGUGGAUUCUGCCUCCGAAAGUCGUUCAACUCCGGGAACCGCCGUAUUCCACCAGCUAUCCUGUCAUUGACACUCCUGACCCUGGUGAUUGCUCAUUCGUCGAAAGGCUAAACAAUAUAACUCAUAGCUGGAUUCGAAUGAUAUUUUUCCGUUCUGAAACCAAGACCGGCAGGUUUUUUUAAGUUAAGGAGGAAUUAAAAAAAUGUAGUCAUAAAAUGAUCUCGGAAUGCAUUUUUAAUGGGAAAUAAUAUUUCUCACUUUCUCGCUAGACGGUGAUUCUUUUUUUAGCGAGUUUAUUUCAGCUGAAUGCUAGAAAAAAAAUUUUUUUAAUGAAAUUUUUGAUUAAAAUGAAGAAUUUCCUCUUAUUUUCAUAACUUUUUCUUACGAAAUUCUAAGUUUUAUUUUUACUGGUCGGACUAGCUUCAGCCUUCUUUCUGUGUCUAAGCGUUUAUUACCGACGUGUGCAUUUUUAUUGUCGAUUUGGGAAUUCGUUAGACCUUUUUGCGUGGCUUUUUACUCGUUCAAGUCUCAAGCCAAAUUAAUCUUUUUUUUACUUAAAACUUUUUGAGAGCUUGUAUAGUUUCAACGUAUUCAACAUGUCGAAUUCGAAGAUCCGAAACAGCUUCGCGUUAAUUUGAAAGAACCUUCAUUUUUUUUCAAGUUCCUUGAUUUUUAACCCUCAAUAACAUAAUCGAGAAAUGUUUUCUUAAAUUUGAAAAAAAUAGUUAAAGUAAUGUGAAUUUAGCUUGGUUUCAGAACAGACUGAGAGAUUUUCCAAAUUCUCAUCUAUCUUACUACUACUCUGAUACCUAAGGGAAUAGUGCGUAAAAUAGGAAUUACGUUGAGUUCGCUCGUGAGUCCUUUCCAGAACUUUAAUUGCACUUUCAGUCGAUCAGAAUUUGUCCUAGUAAAAGAAGUCAAGUAUACUAGUUUUCAUAUGGAAAAUCCUCAACUUCAUUGAAAUAAAGUUUUAAGAUCUUUCGAUUUGUUCUUACCGUCUUCCAUCUUCUUUGGGUUCUGCGCCGUCGCUUUCGCCUCCUCGCCCACUUUCUCCCGUUUUUGGCCGACCUGCGAAAAUUUCAUGUUUGUUUUUCCUUGUUUUUCCUUGUUUUUCCUUAUCUGUAUUGUCAAACUAAAAUAUCUGAAUCAAACACUCAAUGAAGAGACAGAGUAAACUACGCCUCCUGGUCACGAACUACCAUUCAGUCUGGAACAUAGCUUCUCUCCGGGAAAAUUGCAGUAGUCCGUGGUAACCUGAACCCACAAGAGAAAUGCAACACUUGAGAAACAGCUUUCUCCUAUUUGCCAUCUUUUUGAGUAUUUUCCGGCAAAUUUCUAACAUUUAGGUGCUUGUUUUUUUUAAUAACCUGAUCGGCAGCUCAUGGACUCGUCUUUCGACUCGGGAAAGAUUCACUAAAAUCAUAGAUGUGAAAUGUUUGCAGCGAAAAUCUCAUCAUCGCAAUCGAUGCAGCUGCCCCCAAAGCCGGAUCUUUCGAGUUUCAUGGAUCAGCCUGGCGAAAUCUUGGUUCUGGCCUCAGACGACGGUUCGACAUCAGACGCCGACGAAGAAGUUUGGCCUCAACGAGAUCCUUGGCCUCACCAAGAGGUUCUAACAGAGCUCCUUUGAAUACAGAAGGAGUUUCAGGUGUGGCCUGAGUUCGCCAUGGCGCGUGAGUGCUGGACAGACGCAAGCGGCGGUUUACACCGUUCAGCGACGUUCCAUCCAGUUGGACAGCGAGUCGCAGUCUCCGCCCAAUCGGAACCGCGUGGAUUUGGCACGAUUCCAACCUCGCGCUCCGCCCACUCGCACUUGUACGACUGGGGCACAGAGGAAGACAUCCUGGACGACUUCGGACGUCGGCAGCCUCCCGGAGACGUCGAAGACGACGACGACUUCUCUGGCUCGGCUCUCGACGAUUUUGAGAGGUUCGCUCUCAACUUCUUCUCCAGUUCUCCUCCACUCAGAUCUCUAUAGUUAUCAAGUACCGCUUUCUGAGUUUUAUUUUUGUUCAUCUGAAUCGCCUUUAAUUCGAAUCAAGCGAAUAGGUUUUUGACUGAAACAAAAAGUAAAUAACUUAUCGUAUUUAUAACAAUCUUGUAUUUUUUUCAUAUUUUUUCAAACCUUCAUUCUGGAAAAUUUCGAACUCUUUCUUUUCUGGAAAAAUGUGACUCGCUUUUAAGCUAUUUAGCGAAGGAAUGGAUGAAUUCUAGACACGCUCGAAAGAAAUACUUAAUUACUUAUAUUCCAUUCUCGCUGUGAAACCUUCGAAGAAUCUAGAAGAGCUUCUUAUAGAUCAUCGCUCGAACAUGAAUUUCCUUUUUUUCAUUGUUGAAAGAUUAAGAUAUUGUUAUUUUGAGUAUUUACAGAUAAGUGCCGAUUUCUGAAACCCUGAAAAAUAUCAACAAAAAUAAUAAUAAUAAUAAUGAAAAGGAAGCCAUAUCUACUGCUAGCUUGGAAAAAGUCGUCGCAGCUUCGCUAAAACCAACUCUUCUUGUGAAUUGUUUCUCUGAUCGAAUAAGACCGCAAUUGAAAUGUUUUUCAAGCCGAAUGCUGUAAUUAAUAUACUUUUCAUUUUUUUUCCAAUUUUUAUAAAAAGAACUCGCUCACUAUGAAAAUAUUUCUUAAUUUUCUAACGGUCUUUUUUUAGGUCUUUGUGCAUCAAAUUCAGUCGCCGUUCACUUAUUGUAAAAAACCUUGUCGAUAAAAAAGUAUUAACGUAGAAAAUACUGUAAAAAGCUAUUUUUUGAAAUUUCAAAUCCUUGGUUUUGUUCGAAAGGCGAAGAAGAUCAAGAAGGCGUCAAAUUUGGAGAGUCGGCCUGGAAGUAACGAAAAAACAAACGUAGAGAAUGGAUGUGCUUGGAUCCUGAGGGACGUGGUUCGACUCGUCAUGAAUACUCUCAAAACACUUUUACUUUUCUUUUUUAGUUCAUGAAUCAAUCUUUCCGUUUGACUUCUACGAAAGAAUUUCGCAUUCCGUUCAUUUUGAAAACCAUUUAUUUCGUGUUAGAAAUAACUGCAUUUUUAUUUUUGUCAGGUCUUAGCCACUGCGGUGUAAAAAAAUUACUGAAAGCUCGUAGUCUUUUUAUAUUUAAAAUAUUUUUUUGAUUAGAAAAUAUUUUCUCACAACAAACUAUUUUAUUUCACGAGGUCGACAUCAAUUGAGAAGAGCUCGUUCACGAAGAGUCGGGACGUGUCCCCAGAGGAGAGCCCAAGCGCAUAUAUUUUCUUGAAAGUUGUCUUUUCGUUACUUCCCUGUCCGAUCUUCGUAUUUGGAGCUUUUUCAACGAUUUAGGAGAACAAGGAAAUAUUUCACAUUAACGACCGGUCUUUAAACUUCAUUUUAGAGCUCUAUUUUUCUCGAAAAAUUUCUAUUAGAGUAUCAAACAAAUUUAAGAUUACUGGAGAUAUAAAAAGAGACAGAAUUUUUUUAUUUGAAUUGUGAAAUAAAUUUUUAAAUUCAAGGAAUAUCAUUAAUGAAAAAAACAGAAAAAAAUUUUUAAAUAGAAAAAAAUCCAUGUUUCUUUUCUCGAAAACUCAUUUAACAUUUUUCCAAAAAAAGUUUUUAAAAAAAGCAUUUUUUUAAAAAAAUUUUUCUGAUUGGCGGGAAAUAUAUUUUUCUGAAAAUAAUGAAAAAAAUAAACUUGCAGAUCGAUUUUUUUGCUCCGUUGAUUUUUGAGAGUUUCGAAACGUGCAAAAAAAUAUAAUCCUUUUUAUUUUUUUACUUUUAAGAAACUCCGCCUCCUCGCGAAGCUCAAACAAAAUCAAGCAAUUUUGCGAGAAGCAAUAUUCGCCGCACAUCUUCCCUCGCCCACUUUACCUUUCUGUCGAUCCUUUCUCGCCCGAGGGCAUCUUUUCCGUUUCCACUUUUACCUUGAGCUGCCAGACUUUUUUCUAGUAAAUCAGUUAGGACCUUUUCUACAAUGAUAGUGUUAGUUUCGAAUGAAAUUAAUCAGUCAUCAGCUGCUUUAAAAAAAUCCCAACUACAAAGUUUUGUAGUUUGAAUGAAAGAGCUGGCUUUCUUGUCGGUUUUCGAAAAAUACAAAUCAGAGUUUAGUUUGACAACAAUCCUCGAUAUAUUACUCGUACAUUUCGAACUUUGACAUUUUUUUUAAAGGUUAGUUCUCUUCUGAUAUUUCAUAGUUUCACAUAUAUUCUUUGAGCGUGGUGUCUUCUAGGCUUUUGAAAUCACUGAAACUUUUUUUCGCUUCUGAUGAGUAUAGGGUUGUUUGAAAACUAAGCAGAUACUACUGAUGCGGAGGAAUUUUUGGUAUGCAUGAAUGACAUCGAACGACUUUGUCGGAAAGCGUUUCAUGUGCACUUUUCCUAUUUUUCCUGAUUACUUCUCUAUUUCAUAACUUCAAUUCAACAUAUAUCAAUAUCAAUUUCCUGAGACACAACCUUUACUCAUCAAUGAGUUUUAUUGAACAAAGAAAAUAAUUAGAGAAAAAGGAGAGCCUUGAGCGGUAGACACAGAAACAAAAAAGCCUUUGUUGCUUCACUAAUUGGCAGCGGCUUUGAAUUUCAUGUUAGUAUCACGGCAACGGCUGGGUGGAGCCUCCGAUUCCUUCCGUUUGAAUCGGAGAGACUCGGAAAUCGUAGCGUUCAGCUUGACACCAGAAAACAGCUCAUCACCCAUUAGUCUUUUUUUUUGCAUUUCUUUUUUGGCAUCCGCCAUAUCUUCACAGCUGCUAAGAAUUGGCCAAACACACCCAUUUUUUAUAAUCGUUAAGAAACAUAACUAUUUAUUUUUCAUUUUUUAUAAGAGUUUCUUUUCACAUUCCUCAUUAUGAUAGAUGUUUCCGGCUACAAAGAAGUGAUCUCCGACUCCAAUGAGCAUUUAUUCUUUUUUCCCAAGGAAAGUUUUGUGGUUGAAAUUUAUUCCAUUUUUUUGUCAAUAUGUGUGUCACACCAGUCAUCCGUUUAGCUCUUAAAAUAGCUAAGGAGUUUUAACUAUUUUUUGCUGUCGUGUUUAUUGUUUUUGUAUUAGUAAUCUAAUAUUUCAUCGAAAACGUACUACAGGUUCAUUGAACUCAAACCAUUAUUUUUUUUUUCAUUUUAUAACUCAGAGGUUGGCACAGAUUUUUUUUUAGCAAGGCGUUGGCGACGCGUCAAGAGUGGAUGGAACACGGGAGCAUCGCUUGCUUGGGCCUGACGCCCGAGUAUUCGGAGGCUCUUUUUGCCGCCGCCAGAAAUCGUUACCAUCCCGAAGUCUUCGAUGUCGUCCACUGCAACGGCGUACAGUCACAGUACGGUCAGUCCUGCGAUUCUGACGAUCCAAAUGAUUUUUAUUGAAGCUAGGAAAAAAAGUUCCAAGAUGAGUGAGAUAUCAAAGUUUGUGUGAUCAAAGAAUAAAUUUUAUAUAAAUUAAAAGUUUUCGUUGGUAUAAUUUAUUUAAAAGUUGAAAAUUUGCUCUCAAUGCCUUUCUAAGUAAUUCAAGACAGUGUGUAAGAAAAGUGUUGGAAAGCACAACGAAAUGAUUUGCAAACGUCUUCCACUUGGCCAUGGCAGCGUUCAGGAAGCUUUUCAUCGCUGGCCGGAGCGCCGUCUCCGUCUCCAAGCCAAGCGAUGCGACGGUCGUGCACCACCGAAGAGUUCCGCGUCAAAGGACGACGACGUCUUCCGAGAAGGCCCGAUGAGCUCUGUGCGCCCAGUGAGUCAUCUUCGGAUCACAACAAAACGACAGAAGUAGUCGUAGUUGACCUGCCGCAGUCCAAGUCGAUGUACGAGCGGGCACUGCGCGAACAGUUCCUGGCGACUGUCGAAAGGCCGUCCGACGAGGCUGACGGCAACCAAGACUCGUUCGAGGAGAAAACCCCUGGAGCCAGGCUGGAUCUGCGCCGUCGGACUGCUGCUCACGAAAGGAGGUUUGUGAUUGAGAAUGAAAGACAGACUGCAUUGUGAUACAAUCGAGUACCUUGUCAAGGAAGGUUGCGAUAAAAUAAAUAAUUUUGUGGAUUUAUUCUUAAGCUGGCUAUGAAAUCGUAAGUUCUCGUUGAACCAACUGUUUCUACUGGCCAUCAGGCGGAAGUUGUAAACGCGAUGCGAAUUUUUAAAUUUGAAAAUAAAAAUCAUUUCGUCUGAGACGAUUAUAGGCGAAUUCGAAAAGUAUUCAGAAAAUCUAGAACUCUGUAAAAACUUCAUGAAGUACUUUUCAAACUUUAUUCAAAAAGAGAAACAUUUUAAAGGUUUUUUGAAAAUUUUCCUUCGUUUGUAUAAUGUUGCACUUCGCAGUUUAAAGAUUGUGAAUAUACAAAAAAAUUGGGACCAAGAAAAGUUUCGGGAAGGUUCUUUACAGCCGUACUGCUUCAAAACGCUCAGAAAGUUUCAGAGAUCGUCGUCCGCCUUCGCUGGACUUGCAGAAAACGGUGAACACUCUCAUAGAAAGCAAAAAGUGAGUUUUUGCCGGGAAAAUGGUGCAAAAGACGAAUUCGGGUGGUUCCAAAGUGGCGUGGCUGGGUGCAAAUCAUUAGUUGCUAAGCCUUUGCCGGAGCUCGAAGGAGAGGCAAUUGGUUCAGGAAUUAUGGAUGGCUGAGAUGCACACGGGGUGGGGCUGCCACGGCAAACGAGAAGAAGAAGAAUGCUCACCCUCAUUAUUUUGAAUUCCGUUCUGGUUUCCUCGAAAUCACUCCCCACUCGAGCUCUUUUUUGGUCGGUCUGACUCAAGUAAAGUGUACCUUUUCAAGAAUCAUGUAGUAUUUGUUGAUCGGUUUUCAUUGAUGCCUUUUGCUGAGGUCGCGUUCAAAAGUGAUUUUCUGAUAAUUAAAAUAUGGAUAUCUGUAUGCGGUCCCAUUAUGAGAGCGGCUUCCAUCAAAAUAAAGUUGAUUCGAAAGUUGAGGUCCAAAAUGGAGCGAUUCAUCGAUUUUCGGAUCCUCAUUCACAAAUUGAUUAACAAUAAAAUGCUCCACAUCUUCUGAAAACGACUUUUUUCAAAAUCAAAUCUUGUUCGUGUAAUUUGAACGUUUUUGCAGCAGCUCCACGAUGCCUCAGCGAGCGGGUUACGAUCCUUUUUCGAAUUUGGAGACACCGAUUUCCCCUCGAGGUAGUUUUCUAACGAACAUUUCCGUAUUUUAUUCAUUUGAUAUAAAAGACGAGAUCGAUGGAAAAUAGAAAUGCUUUUUUUAACAAACAAGAAAAGAAGAUUAUUGUCGACGUCGAGGACGACUCUCCUUAUAAAAUUUUGUUUUUUUUUUCAAUAUUAAAGUAAGUUCGUGGGACACGGAAAGAGCUUACUCUCAUAAUUUAACAUCAUUCUCUUCCUAUGACAGGGAGAAAUUUUGAAUGAAAUUUCUGUAACGGCGGUAGCAGUUUUUGCACUGACAUGGACUGAAAGAUAGUUUUUUUUUCUUUCUUUUUUCGCUUUCUAAAAAGAUUUGUAGUUGUGAUUUUAUUAGAUUCGAUGGAAUUCCUUCAUGAAGUUUUUUUCAAACAAAAAGGAAAAAAUUUCUUUCUACCUAUCAAGGAAAACAAGAACAGCCAAGUUCGGAAAGAAAAAUUGACAAAGUCCUUUUUUAAAUCGCUCAAUAAGUCUCUAGAAAUGCCAAAGUUUGACGCAAAUUUUUUUGAACUAAUAAUUAUCUUUAUUUUUUUUUUCAACGGUGAGGUUAUGGUUAUUCGAAGAAAAAGAUCUACCUGACAUAUACCUCGCUCUUUUCAAAACCUCGAAAGUUGUUUUUAAACACAUCGAAACAGACUUAUCAGCGGAAAAGGCUCUUUUUCGUGUUUUGAAUCGAUUCUCGACGACAUAAUUGCAAUGAAAUAAACGAGAAGCUUCUGCCUUCGAUUGGCCUCUGUUUCUCUGCAGCUUCGGGUGCUCAACGGCCGCUUUUCCAUUCCGACAGCCCUCGUCCUUUUGAGGACCUUCGGGAAAUGAUGGCAGAAGCUCAGAAAGGCCCAUAAUGUGGGCUCCUUUUGGCAGUUCCAAUCGAUCUUGUCCAAUCUCGCCAGUCUUGCCUGAAAUUACCUCUCAUUUUUACAAUUUUUGCGAGAACGUGUGGUUUUUUUUUUGGUUUUACAAAGCUUGUUUAAAAUCGAACUUACAAAUUUCAAUCUCAAAGUUAAUCUCAAAUCUUCUCAAAUUUUUACAAUAUGUGGUUUCACGGCUUAAAAAAUAUCUCUAUCCUUUAUCUAUCUAGUAUCUUCAAAAAUUAUCCAAAAUAUUUUGAAAAUUUUCAUCUUUUAAACGUAUCUUUUCUCGAUAGCUUAUAAAAAAUGUAGCUGUUUUAAAUUGAAAUCUGCGCUUAACGAAUAUUUAUUUCGUCUCGAAUCGAAUCUCUUUCUAGUUCGAGAUGCACAUUUUCAGACAAUAGAACGAUGAAAGAAUAACCAGUCCCCCAUUAUUUCUGUCCGUUCCAUGGAGGAGCCGAAGCGUUUGCAUUAGAAAUUGAUAGGCCUUCGCGCCGCGGAAUUCUGUCUCGAAUAUCUCUACGAUUUCUCAUUUUCUGCUUUUUAACUCCAACUGAAUCGAGUAUUUCGUUUUCGAAGUUCAUAGAGUUUUCUAUUUUUCCUCGAAAUUAUAAUUUUUAUUUUCAGGUAAAAGUGUACGUACUUCUUCUCUUUAGAAAAACAUGAUGUUGCUUUUUUGGGUCAUAAAUCUCGAUAUCUUGCUUUUGUCUGAUUCGAGAGGCCUGCAGCUCCAUUUGCUAAUUACAUUAUACGCUUCGUCGAGAGCAACGUCUUCCAAUUCAAUUUCCCUCAACUCUGUGCGUCUGCUCUUCCAGCGACGAACACAUUGAUCCACGCUGCCCGCGCCUUUCACGUUUUGUCGUUUUUAUCCUUUUCUUCUUGUUUAAUGGUUUAUCUAGAAGUAGAAGAACUGUUUCUAUUGAUCAAGGUUACACUUCACCGUUCUCAAGUAUUCGAAAUUUGAAUAUUGAUAUUUUGUGAGAACCGAAUCCCUUAGGAUUUCUCAAGAACUCGAAGGCUGACAUAUUCCAUGUGUCGUCUCAUUUUUCUCCCUUUCCUCGUCAGGAAAUCUGGCUUUGCGGUCCUCAUUUUCUUUUUUUUCCUUUUUAGGCGAAAACCCAUUAGAUCUCACCGCGAACAAUAAAUGUAGAACGAAUUUGGUAGAAAAUUUGAACUAAUUUUUUUCCAUUUGUUUUUUUAAGAUUCUAAAAUAAUCACAUAUCAAUUUUUUUGGAAUAAUUUAGUUUUUUUAAACUUCAUAACUUGAAUACUAUUUCACCACUUUAAGCUGCUAUCCUUUUUCCCUGGCUUUCAAAAAAAGCUUCUUUGUGUGAAAUACAUAUUCUCUAUUUGAUAAUAAUAAUAUAUAUAGAAAUUUUUGGAUCAAAUUUUUCUUCAGAUUCGUUCUGCUUGCCAUACAUCAAUCUUCUUAGUUAUUUCUCAUACUUCUUAUUUUAAUCACAGAAUGUUGGGUUUCCAAAUGAGAAAGUGGUUCUGCCGGAAUCAAAAAAAAGUUUUCAGUCCUGCCGUCGCCAGGAUCCGGACGACGUCUUCCGCCGCUGCCGAUCCAUUCGACCUCCUUGCUCCAACACCUCCCCGCCGCCAUGUCUCUGCCCCCGAAGUCUUCAGAUCACACCCUCUGUUUCAUGGACGGUUUGUCGUUUCCACACAGGGGAGAGUAGUCACCUCGGAGCACGUUAAAAGGAAGACUUGAGGAAAUAUACGUUGUAUAUUGAUAUCACUAGAACGGAAAACUUGCGCAGAAAGCCGCUAGUCGAAAUCGAUUUCUAGUUCAUUACGAAGUUAUAGAAAACAAUUCCGAAAUUAUCCUAAAAUGAGCUUCUUUUUAGUUACAUAGCAUAUUUCUCUUUGGUCAAGAUUCGCUUUAAAAGUUUUCGAGGUGCCUCGAAAUGAUCAUCUUUUGCUCAACAAGGUUACCGUUUGUAACAGAUUGUACAUCAGCCUAAAUCUUUUCUUUGAUUGUUUUUUCACGAAAUCUUCAGGAAUGGGCGACUCGAUGAUGGAGAGAAGCACGGCUCUCGGCCUCGAGGACUCUUAUUACGAAGAAGACAGCAUCAAUGGCAACCGCCGGAAACAGCGGCACACAAACCGCAAAUGUUUGUCAUGUUUUUAUUUUUUAUUUUUAUAUUUUUUAUCCAUUGUUUACUUUUUCAAAAUCACAGAUCAGUGAAUAAUUAAAGUCGUGGAACUUUUUAGCAAAUAUGAGAUAUGCACAAAUGAGAUUCUUAUAAACGCGAAAAAAAAAAAUAAAAACGAACUCAUGGUAUAAGCGAAAACGGUGAAGGCUCCAGUAGGAGACUUAUAUAGAAUUCUUUUUUUCUUCAACUUGUAUAUUCAUUCGAGCCCAAUUCAAGCUCCCGACGGGUCGCCCAAAAUCGAACUUUUGUAAUAUUUGACACGAAUGUGGAGGUCUCGAAUUUCUGGUGAAACCGUUUGAGAACUGCAUUGUUUGGGGAACACGGAAAAUUAUUCAUAGAAAAUUCGGAAUCAGACCCGAAAAACUUGUCAGAACAUGAAAGUAAGAGAAAUAAUUCUUCAAAUUCAGCCUUCUUCUCUCCUGACGACUCUUCUGGCGUCUCUUCGUGCACGACGUCGGACAGUGUCAAUCCAACACAUCGAGUCCAGUCGGCUUUCCAUCCGAGGUCUGUAUUUGGAGGCUUCUCCACCAAUUCUUCGUUCGAAGGCACAACGACGAGGUCCUUCUCGAAAUCGGCGACGCCCUUCACGUAGAUCGCUCCAGUGACGAUCACUGGUCCUACGGUAUUUAUUUGAGAGCUCUGUUCACUUUUUUUCUGAAUAUUUCCUUCCUUUUACCUCCGCGUUGGGGAUACAUUGGGAAAAUAAUAUUUGAGUUUCAUAAAAAGAAAUAGACACACUUGAAAUUUUUGAGGUCACUCAUUUUUCUCUUUGAAAAAGCCAAUCAAGUUAUGCCAUGCAAUGUCUCUCAGCACAACUUUUUUACCUUGCAGGAACAAACCUGCGGACAGGCCAAUCUGGAAUAUUCCCAACGGCGGUCGUCUGCGAAAUCGACAUAGUCGAAGAAAUUUGUCUUGGCGCUCUGCCGACGAACGCCACAAGUCAGAACUCUCUGAUUAUUUCUACUUAUCGCAGAAGCUGCAGAAAUAAUGACGGAGGAACGCGACACGUUCUUUUUGACCCUGCUCGCCUCGAUCGAAGUCGCGCAUCACAAGGGCAACGACGUGCUCGUCCAGGCCAUGAACAAAGUUUCUUUUUCUUCUGCAACCUCUCGAAAUCGAAUGCUCUAUGAACUCUUACAGGUUCUGUCCAUGUACAAAAACGCGGAUGAAAUCAUUGUGCCGCAAACCGUUUUAUUGGAAAUUUCUUUUCGCGGAAUCCACGUCAUCGACAAACGGCGAAAAAAUGUAUUCAAUUUUUCAAUUUUCCUUUCACAUUUCACAUUUGAAAGACAGUGUUCAACACAUUCAUGCUCCGGAAUGUUCAAGUUUUCAAAUCUAGUAAUGUAAGAAGUUUUCAGUUGUUCCAAUGUCCAACAUUCGAUUUCUUCUACAGCCUGCAGAACAUUUCCUUUUGUGGGGCUCAUCCGAAGCAACUCAAGUUAGUUUUCAGACCUAUUUUGUAGACGACAAGCCCACAAAUUUCAAGAUAAAUACUUUUUUAUGAGAGUAUCCAAACUAAACAAGUCUUACAGAUAUUUCGGUUUCAUAACGAAAGCACCCGCUUCUACCGAGAUUUGCCUGUCACGUCUUCAUGUCCAAUGAUUCGACGCAGCCGAUAGUCGAGUCUAUUGGGUACAGUAGCCUAGUUUCCGUCCACGUCAUUCUGUAUUCUUGACAGACGAGCCUUCAAACGCAGCUACGACGAGUACAUGGCGUUCGCGCACCCGACUGAGGACAUCUACUUGGAAUGA